AUGCUGUUGAAUCAAACAGAACAAAUCAUUGAGUUAACUGGUCGUGUCAAUGCCGUUCAUGAAGCGCUUGAUAAAUUUCAUAUAAUGACAAAAAUAUUUAAGCAGAAAGUAAUCGAUGUAACAUACUCCAAGAUGCCACCGAAAUUGUCUAACACGCCAAAACCAGCAUCGAAACAAACCAAUGAAAACCAGCCGAUAAAAAGUCAAGAAUAUUUUAACAUUUGGUUUAGUUAUUGUAAAUUUGACGAAAGUAUAUGUUCUCGUCUAAAAGAACGUCUCAUCGGUGAAGGUUAUUUAGUGUCGAGUAACCGCACGGGUGAUCAAAAAGGAACCAUUCAAAAUUGCGAUUUAAUUAUUAUUUAUCUGAGUGAAGAGUACGCUAUUAAAAAUGCUAAUGAAAUAAAGGAUGCCAAGUCAAGUAGUAAAACAAUUCUACUUAUCAAACCAACGAAGCUAGCUUGUCGUGGUAAAAAUAACUGGCUACAUUCGAUGGCGAUAAUCCAACUUUCGUACGAGCUAUUCGAUAAAAAUUUCAUAGUCGAAUUAGAUGAGAAUAAUUUCGAUCGAGAAUAUGAUAGAUUAUUAAUAGAAAUUUUGUUGUAUACUAAACCUGGUAGAGCUGGUCAACCAAUUGCAAAACCACGUGUUGUAUCUUCAGAAACGCUUGAUAACGAAAUUGAUGUUGAACUGCCGUAUUUUACGAAUGAUCGUCUUGUCGCUCGCACAUCUCAUUUCACCAAGAACGAUAAAGAAGAGCAGAAAUUGACUUAUAAAAAAAAUUUGAAGAUUUUAAUGAAAAGCCAUAGAAUCCCAGCUGAUGAAAUGAAAGAAUUGAUGAAAAGUUGUGAAAGUAUAAUUGAAAAUGUUGAUAAUGAUGAACAUCGAUAUUAUUCAUGCGGCGAUAGGCAUACUGAUUGGUUGAUAGAAGCGAAGAACAGAGAUGCUGAUUAUACAGAAAACGAAAGAUUGCUAAGAGAAGGCUACAGAAAUGAAUUUGUUUCGUGUGUAAAACGGUGGCAACAAAAAAAGACAAACAAAAUUCGACUCAACAUCGCACCAUUUACGUUGACUGGCGACAUUAACGAUGCACUGUUUCUAAUUCCAAUAGUUGACAAAGAGCCUUGGUGUAACUUUGAUGAAGUAGAUACUGUUGAAAACAACAUGAUUCGUUUAAAUGCACAUGAAAAUGAUGAUCGGUUUAAUUUAAAAUACUAUGAACCUUGGUUUACACUAGAAGAAUCGCAUGAUUACUUUCAUGAACUCAUUGAUAAAGAUACACCUCGACGCUUGCGUCGAUCGCAAGAACAACAUACAACUGUAGAUGUUCCAACCGACGAACAAAAGGGAAUGAUAACGAAAAUGCCUCAAAAGCGUAAAAAAAAGUCAACCUCCAAAUCAGCCGGUAUCAAUGCAAAUAAAAAUGUUGAAGAAUAUCAAGAUUUCAUAACAAAAUUUAAAUCAGGACAAGUUGCAUGGGACAUUACUGAAGAUAGGCUUAUGAAAUUGGGUGAAACCCCCUAUGAUAAGGAACAUGUGAAAUGGCUUGCACACAUCAAAAGGAGCAUUGCCAAUAGCAGAACCAAAUUUUGGGGAAAAAAAGCACUUUCAUCAACUUCCGAACAGUCGUGGAACUAUUAUAGGAAAAAGCAGUUAGAAACUAUCGCAGAAAUCGAUAGGAGUGAUGGUAACAAUGCUGACUUGAUAAGGGAACGUCAAAUCGGAUGUGAACUUAAAACAAAAGAAGAAAUGGAUAGACUCGAAAGAUUGGAUGAUUUAAGCCGCACAUGGCGAAUACCGGAAAAUUUCAAUCAAAACUUUUUUCGGCAAAAGAAAAAAAAUAUCAUCGAAUUCCAACAGUUAUGUGCUGGGUCGAAAAUAGCAAAAUUGACAACAUAA